CGCUUGAUGAAUAAAUUGUUGAAGCAUAUCAUAUUAUACAUUUAAGAAAAAGGUUCAUAUUUACCUUCUUGUCAGCAUAGUUUGUUGUUCCCCCGGCAUUCGGCAACCGCAAUGGAAGUGGACAAACGGACUACCACCAUAUGCACAGUCGUCGCCAUUGAUCACACCGCCUUGUAUUACACAGUGUGUUCCUUCUGCGAGAGAGCUCUCCCCGAAACCAACACCGCGCCGCCGUCCGUAACUCACUGCGAUCACUGCAAUUUCACUAGAAAUACUAGUGCUGUUCCUCAUCGCGGCGGCGGCUCUACUUCUCAUCCUUCUUCUAAACGAUUAUUUCGCGUCCUCAUGUCCGUAGCGACAGAGACGAAGGUGUUUGAGGUGGUGAUGUUUGACAGGGCUGCUAGGGUUCUCUUUGGUUGCUCUGCUCAAGAUUUCGCCGAUUUCGCCAAGCUUCAUCCCUUUUCCGGUGAGACUGCGAGUAAGAUUCUGGAGGGAGAGAUGUUGAAGGUGACACUUUCAAAACCCAAGAAUGGCAAUGCACAACAUCAACGAGUUGUAUCGGUUGUUCCUUUGAAAUCUGGCUUUCGUCCUGUAAUUGAUACAUUGAGGGAAUUACAUGGAGUAAGACCUGAUUGUUAAAUACCCAAUGUUCUUCAUGCUUAAACAUUCUCACUUUUAUUGUUUACAUUAUUUCUUAAUACUCACAACAUUACUACACAGUUUUAUUUUUUUAUCUUUGUGGUAACUGGUAAAGUAAGCUUUCCCUCUAUCCACAUCUUUAACAUCUGCAAUGAAG